AUGUUCUAUCAGUGGGAACAGCACCCGAACCUGGAUAGGCGGCAUCGUCCACGCACGCGCAACGGAUGCCUGACCUGUCGGCGGCGCAAAGUUCGAUGUGAUGAAAAACGGCCCGACUGCGGGCAUUGCAGCCGCCUGCAGCUAGACUGCUUGUGGCAGCAGGAGACAGGUCUGCGACCGGGCGUGCGGACGAAGAAAGUACGCCAGCGUCUACCGCAACAGCUCCAAACCGAGUCGCCUGAACUGGUUGAGCCUUCCACAGCCAUCACAAAGGCCUCUUCGCCGUCGACCGUCGAGGCCGUAGUUUCGACGGCAGAGGUUCUUCCCAGUGAUGAUCCUAGCAUCAAUCGCAUCUUCAACUAUGCAAGUUUCAUGUGGGAUGACUAUUCGCCUACUGCUUUAUCCCCUAGCUGGGACAGCCUCGGCCUGACCUCCUCCCAGGAGCUGGUCCCCUGGCCUGAUACCUCUCUUUCCAUGUCAGCGUCAAUCCCGAUGAUCUGUGCAAGCUCCAUCGCAGACAAUGACGUUCUGGUUGAACGACAACCAAGACUCAACACGAUGGCAUCUCCGACCGUUGCCAUCGGUUGGAGUGAGUCUCAGCUAGCCGAGUACUUUGCUCGUUCGGCAGCACCGCCGAUUCUAGCUACUGUCGAGACCACGGCGCGCUGGUUCUGGAUGCGAAAGCAAUUGACCUCGAUGACGUCGACCUCGCUCAUGGUGAAGUUUGGUGUCAUUGCCUUUGUUGCUUUGGAACUAGAGUCCGCGGGCACCUUGGAGUCAGCAACAUACACCCAAUACUAUCGUAUAGCCAAAGAGAGAUUGGAAGAUUGUUUGAGGGAGAUUGGCCGUGACAGGAAAAUCAUUUUAUCGCAGCUACGACACAUUCUCGCAGUGCUCUUCUUGCUGUCGUACAUUGACCUUCUGACAAAAGACGUGUCCAAGGCGCAUGCCAAUCUCCGAGAGGGAUUCCAUGCGUUGCAGAUGGUGGAUAUUGAAUCCCUCAGUGUGACUGAAAAACGGCUUCUCUCGUGGCUACGGCUUCUCGAUGCACGAGCCGUCAGUGCCGGGGGCGACGGCCUGUUUCUCACCGAAGAGGACAGUACGAUCAACACGGACCUGCGAUCUCCUGACAGCUCUAUCGCCGAUGUUGAUCCUGGGCUGGACGAUGCCGAAGCAGCCUUGGAAGAUUUCAUCAUGCGGCCAGCGUUCGUUUUCUUCCAGAAAGUUCAGCUUUUCAUGGGCCGGAUCACCAAAAUUGACCCCUGGCAUCGACGCCGAGGAACGGUCGAAGAUGAAACGGAGACCAUGGUUAUUGCAGCUGCAAUCAGUCGAGACAUCAAAUCUCUGUGGCAGCAGCGACCGCCGCUGAUGGACCAUGCUGUAGCGGGGAAACUUGCAACCUUGUUGGCCCCCAACUUGGCAGAAACGAUUACCCGGACCAUGAGGGUGUACCAUGCCAACUACUAUGCCUCCUUCAUUCAUUUGCAUCGUGUGGCAUACAAAACUCUCCCACGCACCACAGACGUUACAGAUGCGAUGAAUGAGAUCCGACAAGUUACUAAAAUGAUUCUGGAGAGCCCUUGGACAUCCUCCCCUCAGGCGAUUUCAGCGAUUAGUACCCCAUCUGCUUCGGUAACGACUUUGCCCUCGCUCCCCGUCAAUAUGCUGUGGCCUUUGUUGAUGCUAGGCGUUGAAGUCGAGGACCCAGAGGAGCGUACGUGGGUUAUAUCUUGCAUCAGGGGAAUGGAGAACGUUGCCUCCAAUGCCGGCAUCACGGCUGAUGUUCUCCAAGAAGUUACUCGGCGACAGGAUGAAACGAAGCACCGAGUUGAUAUCAGAAAAGUGAUGCACGAGACGUUUGAUCGUGCUUUUGCUAUCGUAUAA